UCGUUCCUGGCUUUAGAGAGGUGAGGACUCGCGCACGUACGCCGACGAAUUUUUCGUGUGUUAUUACGUCUUGUCAAAGCGUUAUGAAGUACAUUUUAGUAACCGGCGGGGUAAUCAGCGGCGUUGGUAAAGGUGUCAUCGCCAGCUCGUUUGGCACUAUUUUAAAACACUGCAACAUACGCGUGACGUCAAUCAAGAUUGAUCCUUAUAUCAACCUCGAUGCAGGGACGUUCAGUCCUUAUGAACACGGAGAAGUUUAUGUACUUGAUGAUGGUGGAGAAGUGGAUUUAGAUCUUGGCAAUUAUGAGCGUUUUUUGGAUAUUACUCUUCAUAGGGACAAUAACAUAACGACAGGAAAGAUUUACGAGCAUGUUAUUUCGAAGGAAAGAAAAGGAGAUUAUUUAGGAAAAACUGUGCAAGUGGUACCUCAUAUCACUGAUGCUAUACAAGAAUGGGUAGAGAGAGUAUCAAAUCAAUCUGUGACAGAAGAUGGAGCUAAACCAGAGGUUUGCAUAGUGGAAUUAGGAGGUACAAUAGGAGACAUAGAGGGUAUGCCGUUUGUAGAAGCAUUCCGACAAUUUCAAUUUCGAGUCAGAAAAGAAAACUUCUGUGUUGCUCAUGUGUCUUUGGUACCGCAGCCAAAAUCAACAGGUGAACAUAAGACUAAGCCAACGCAGUCAUCUGUGAGAGAGCUUCGUGGAUUGGGGUUGUCACCUGAUCUCAUAGUUUGUAGGUCAGAAAAGCCUAUUGGAAAUUCUGCCAAGGAGAAAAUAUCAAAUUUUUGUCAUGUGGCUCCAGAACAGGUUAUAACUAUUCAUGACUUGACAUCCAUAUAUCGAGUGCCGCUUCUUAUGGAAUAUCAAGGUGUCAUAGAGUUCCUUAAUGAUCGAUUGCAAUUGAAUAUUGGAGUACCACGACCACGUUGCUUUAUGCGAAAAUGGCGGGAUCUAGCUGAGCGCGUGGAUCAUCUACGGAAAAACGUUAACAUAAGUUUAGUCGGUAAAUAUACAAAACUUGAGGACUCGUAUGCUUCAAUAUCAAAAGCGUUGCAACAUGCUGCUAUUGAAGCUGGAUAUAAAUUGAACUUGACGUUUAUAGAAGCUGCUAAUUUAGAACCAGCUACACUAUCAGAGGAUCCAGUUCUAUAUCACGAAGCUUGGCAACAGCUUUGCAAAAGCAAUGGCGUUAUAGUACCAGGUGGCUUUGGUAAAAGGGGAUUGGAAGGAAAAAUGGAGGCUUGCCGAUGGUGCAGGACAAACGAUAAGCCAUUCCUUGGGAUUUGUCUGGGUUUGCAAGUGGCAGUCAUUGAAUUUGCGCGAAAUGUAUUAAAUCUCGACAUGGCAAAUACUACAGAAAUCGAUCCCCAUACUAUUAAUCCAGUGGUAAUAGAUAUGCCAGAGCACACUCAAGGUAUGAUGGGAGGGACAAUGAGGCUCGGCAAAAGAUUAACGCGAUUCUGCAAUAAUAAUUCUGUUUUAAAAAAGUUAUAUGACAAUAAAGAUAUCAUAGAAGAAAGGCAUAGACACAGAUACGAAAUUAAUCCAGUUUAUGUCAAUGAUUUAGAAGCAGCUGGUUUAAAAUUCGUAGCAUGCGAUAUUUUUAUAGGUCGUGAUGAUGAAGAAAGUAUACGAAUGGAGAUCGCUGAAUUAGAAAAUCAUUCUUAUUAUGUUGCAACACAAUUCCAUCCAGAAUUUUUAUCUCGACCAUUAAAACCAUCACCGCCAUUCCUAGGUUUAAUUUUAGCCAGUGUCGGUAAAUUAAAGCAUUACUUAGCACGAGGAUGUAAAUUUUCGCCACGCCAACUGAGUGAUAAUGAAUCAGAUGACGAUUACAUCAUGGAAGAAAUGACGAAAUUUCACCUAUCUAGUGGUGCGAGUAGAAGUGGUAGUAGUACAUCAGGUCUUAAUGAUUAGAACGCCAUUUCAUAUUUCAUUCAUCUCAUUCCAUAAUUUUAAUAAUAAUUCAUCCGAUUCAUUACUACAUUCAUUUAUAGUCUUUCCUAUUUACAUAAUUCACGAAUAAUUAAACACGUGAAUAUAAAGUUAUUCAAAUAAUACUGGCUAUAUAAACUGAAAUCUCUUGAGAGAGCAACAUUUAUGAAUUAAAUGUAUAAUUUGUGAUUUAUUUUAGACAAUAAUUUUACAAGUUUUGAAACCUUGCGUUUAUAGAUAGAUAAGUAUAUUUAAUAAACUGGUUUUAUUAAUUUCU